UUUUAUACCACCAUUCAGCCAUUCCUUCAUUUUCACCAACCACUUGAAUGCUUUCAUGGAAACCUCUUUUCAACAUCUGAGCUGUUCGGUUGCAUGGACGGGUGUGUAUGCUGGAAGAAGAGUUUUAGCUUCAAAAGUACCUGGUGAAACCUGUUUUCCUCUCCAUUACGUAUGACCCUUCCACACCGGGUUAUGUGUUGUCAUUCCUCAUUAUCUCAUUUUAGUAAAGACUCUCAAAGAUACACCAAGGGCAGAGAUGCUGGUUGUACUCCUCAUCAUUGGGGGAUUAAUUCCUCUAAUCCAUGCAGAAGAUUUUCCACCUAGCUUGCUAUCAAUCAAAGACAAAGUUAUCACAGGCCAAUUCUUCGACUCGCUGAUGCUAAAAUUGCCUUCGUGCUUCUACGCUGGCCAGAACGUGGACCUGGAGUACAUGAAUUGCGACACCAAUCAAAGUAACAUCCAGUCCAACGUUUUCACGGUUCCAAGCUGUGGCAGCAUGAGCGAUCCAAAAGGAUCGACUGUAUUAAGCCGAAACAUCGGAUACCAGCUGAUGAACCUCAAAAAUGGCACGCGGUACAAGAUUACCUAUAAGAUUGGAAACCUCAGUAGCAGCUCUGUGAUUGCAACUACAAGAACAGUUGCUAACUACAACGAAAUCAAUCUAAGCUUCCAAGGACGCAGUGCAGCGAUGUUGGUGAUCACAGUCCUUCUGUCCGUAGCUAUGUUUAUACUGCUAAUCAGUAUCAUCACCAGUGUGUUCGUGUCCCCUUCUGAACAGUAAAAACUCACUUCACCUUCAGAAAUCAAGUCUAAAUUGUGUGACUGGCAGUGUAUGGGGUCAUUCUAUAUCAUUUCUUUCUUAACACAAAAUCAACAAUUAAGCUAAGACUAAAUCUAAGAAAUUUGUAGAUUAAAUCUUUUCAUGAAAUCUAUGCACUUCAAAGUCAUUUUGAUGUAGAAGAGUGAUUUGAAUCUUUUUUUUCUUUCAUUUUAAAUAAGUAAUAUUACAAUAUCGCCUUACUUAAUCACAGCAUGACAAAAACAAUGACAACCGUUUCCUUGAUUAUUUCACUACAAACAAUUAAUAGUUGCUAAUGUCAUUUUUUUUGUAAGUGCUGAUAUCAUUUUUAUUUUUCUAUUUGAUUAUCUUAUCUGCAUUCAGAUGUAAUAAAGAAAUAUGCUAAAAUA